UUAGCAUGACGUCAGUAGGCAUGAAGAGAGUUGUAUAAAUGCAGCGCGGAUUGUUCAGUCCUUUACGUUACUAGGUACCGGCGAUCCUCUAGCUUUGCAUCUUGAAGGAUCUGCUCCCUGAUCGGUUUACAUACAUCUGAUCGAAAUGAAACUGUGGCUAGCUAGUGUAUGCGCUCUCUUCAUUUCGCUUUCAACUGUUCUAGCUCUCAAAUGCCAAGAAUGUGCAGACAUCUCAGGAUACCCAUCAUCAUUCAGUUCGUGCACCAGUCAGGAUAUCAAAUCCAUCGAAUGCACUUCUCCAGGCUUUGAUAGCUGUAUGACUUUCAAAAUGACCGUGCAAGUACCUGGGGAAGAUCCACUCAACGCGGAGAUGAGGAAUUGCAGCUCCAGGAGCUUGUUUUGUGACAAGAACAGCAACCU